AUGGCGGAUCCAAUCUCCAAAUCUCUGAUUGCUUUUCUGCUCAUAGCUUCUCUCUUGCUAUUCUCACACGCUUCCUCCGACGUUCCCUUCAUCGUCGCUCACAAGAAGGCUACUCUCAACCGGCUCAAGACUGGCGCUGAAAGAGUCUCUGUCACCAUCGAUAUCUACAACCAAGGAACCUCGACGGCAUAUGAUGUGAGUCUCUCAGAUGAGAGUUGGCCAACAGACCUUUUCAGUAUAAUCAGUGGUACCACUUCAAAGACAUGGGAAAAGCUUGAUGCUGGUGGUGUCCUCUCUCACACAUUUGAGCUGGAGGCAAAAUCAAAGGGAGUAUUUUCUGGUGAACCAGCUGUCAUCAAGUUCCGUGUCCCCACAAACGCUGUUUUACAGGUGGCACUUUCAACUCCCAUAUUGCCGUUAGAUGUUCUUGCUGACAGGCCUCCGGAGAAGAAGUUUGAAUGGGCUAAGAGGUUGUUGUGUUCAGUGGCAUAUACAGCAGUUCCUAUGUUCAGCAUUGCAGCAAUCUGGUUCAUAGGCUUUGGCUUUUGUUUAUUACUUCUCAUUGUUUGUUACUUCUGUCGUAAAAAUGAGCCUUAUGGUUAUUCUCCAACAUGCUACACACUUCCACUUAUUCUUCUCAUAUUGCUCACAAUUACAACAAUGAUUGGAUGUGCGGUUCUUUAUUUUGGCCAAGGUAGUUUUCAUCGCAGCCCGACAUCAACAUUGCAGUAUGUGGUAUAUCAAGUCGAUUCUACAGUGGAUAAACUAAGGAACGUUUCUGAUUUCCUUGCUCAAGCUAAGCAGGUUGGAAUCGACCGAGUUUUUCUCCCUGUGAAUGUUCAAACUGAUAUUGAUGAGGCAGAAACAGAUAUCAAUGCUUCUACUGUCACAAUUUCUGAUAAAACAAUAGAGAAUUCAGACAACAUUCAAGAUCUAUUAGAUUCUGUGAGGAUGGCGCUCAUCAUUAUAACCGUGGUUAUGUUUGUUUUGACGUUUCUUGGAUUUCUGUUCGCAAUUUUUGGAAUGCAGGUCCUUGUGUAUAUCUUGGUAAUCGCAGGAUUGUUUCUUGUUACCAGCACCUUACCAGCCUACGCCUCCUGCUCCAUCACAAAUGAACUUGGGUCAUGGCCACCACGUACCACCACAAGUUUUGGCACCUACCUCGAACCCAAUGGGGUUCAUGCGAAUCCCCAGCCCUGCUAG